UAGAGAGAGAGACAGAACACUGAUAAUUUAAAGAUUGGAGUUUUCUGAAACCCUAACCCCUCUCUCACUAAAUUGGAAAUUGGGUUUCCAUAAAUGUCCUCCUACUCCCCAAAGUCUAGAGCUUUCAAGAGGCCAAGGGCUCAGAGCCUCCCAGACCAAAUCCUCAAGCAUGUUAUCUUCAAGAUGCAUCUCAACAACCCCAACCCCAACCCUAACCCUAACCCUCCUCGCUCUCCUCCUUCUCCUUCUCCUUCUCCCACCACUCCUCUCUCCGAGCCCGACCUCUCCUCCUCCUUCCGCGCCUUAACCCUCCACCAAAACCCGACCCGACCCGAACCCACCGCCCUCCUGUCCGACGAGCUCCUCCUCCUCGUCUUCGCCAAGAUCCCCCAGACCCAGUACCUCCCCAACUCCCUCGUCUGCCGCCGCUGGCUCUACCUCCACGGCCGCCUCGUCAGGUCCCUCAAGAUUCUCGACUGGGGGUUUCUCGACUCGGGUCGGGUCUUCGCCCGGUUCCCGAAUCUGUCCGAGGUCGACAUGGUCCACGCUUGCGUCAGGUCGCCGCGGGACUCGGGGAUUGUUGUCACGAGGAAAGGGCUGUCGGUGCAUUUGGACUCGCUGUUCAGUUCGGACGGGUUCAUCGAAGAACUGGAUGUGCUGAAGGCUAGUGUGGUGGAUGCUGGGCUGAGACUGAUGUCGAAUUCGUAUCGAAAUUUGCGGAAGAUUGCAGUGAUCGGCGCCGGGGUUGAGGGGCUGCAGCGCGUGGCGGAGGAGUGUGAGAUGCUGCAGGAGAUGGAGCUGCAUUGCUGCGGGGAUAUGGUGUUGAGGGGGGUCAGCGGGUUUCGGAACUUGCAGAUUGUUAAGGUGGUUGGUUGCGUUGAGAGGUUUUACUGCGCGGUGGUGUCGGAUAUUGGGCUGACUAUUUUGGCUCAGGGGUGUAGGAGGUUGGUGAAGCUCGAGUUGUGUGGGUGUGAGGGGAGUUACGAUGGGGUGAAGGCGAUUGGGCAGUGUUGUCAGAUGCUUGAGGAGUUGACUUUGAGUGAUCAUAGGAUGGAUGGAGGGUGGUUGGCGGCGCUGCAGUUUUGUGGGAACUUGAAGACGUUGACGCUCGAGUCUUGUAGGGGGAUUGAUUCGGGCCCUGGCCCGGAUGAGUAUUUGGGGUGUUGCGGGACGAUUGAGGAGUUGCAUUUGCUGCGGUGUCAGGUGCGAGAUAAGGAGGGGAUGAGGGCGUUGUUCUCUGUUUGUGAAGGUGUGAAAGAGCUUGUUCUGCAGGAUUGUUGGGGUUUGGGGGAUGAAGUGUUUGGCUUGGCAAAUAUUUGUAGGAGAGUGAAGCUGAUUUCCUUGGAAGGAUGCUCACUGUUGACAACAGGAGGUCUGGAAUCAGUACUCCUUCAUUGGAAAGAGCUUCAAGAGCUUAGAGUAGUAUCAUGUAACAAUAUAUCGGACAGUGACAUUACUCCUGCCUUGGCAUCCUUAUUUUCUGUUCUUAAAGAGUUGACAUGGCGACCAAAUUCCAGAGCUCUCUUGUCAUCAAGUCUUGCUGGGACUGGAGUGGGAAUGAAAGGUGGUAGGUUUUUCAAGGGACUAAAGUCUUGACUUAGCUGCUUGUUCAUGGGACUUCAAUUUGUCGAGCAUCCAGAUUAUUUAACUGUCAGGUGUUCGAUGUUGGUCCAUACGCUGAAUAGGUAGAUUGUAAAUGAUCAUAUCUUACUUGGAUGUUCGGUGAUGUGGGGAGUGAGGGUGAUUUGUUUCCUCAUCAGCUAGCCUGCCGAAGGGAGUUUGUGAUUGGAAUAACAAUUCUUCUCCCGUUCCCACUUCUGUUAUCCGAAUUCAGCAUCAAAUCCUCAAUGUGACUGAGGCUAGUCAAUGUUUGUCUAAAUUCAGUAGUUUACACGGGCUAAUUUGUUUCAUAUUAAUUAGUCUGUAGGAGUUAGAAUAAGUUAGAACAUUAAUACAGUUUAUUCCUCAACAUAACAUGUACUGGGAAUGAAGUUAUUUCCCGCCAAGUGUAUUACAUAUUA